UGUUGUCCGCCCAUGACCUCUUUUCUUUGCUGCUGUUUUGUAAUAACUUCAACACACCAAGAGACACAAAAUCAAAAAUCACAGACAAAUUUUUCAUCGAAAAGGAAAACAUUCCAGGUACAUUUUGUUAGGUCAAGGGUGGGGUUCUGAAGCAGACUGGCGGGGACACAUACUCAGUCUACUAUUCUGUAUUGGAAGUCUGAAAAUAGAGAGAUUAGUGAAAGUGGUGAAUGAACAAAUUGAGUCAGGGAUCUUUGCGAUUAUGUUGUAUCAGGACACUAUGUCUAAAAGUCAAUCAAAUGCAACAACCGCUUUGUCAAAUCCAUGCCGUUGCCAAAUUAACAGCUACACAUUUCGACACUUUUGCUUCAAAUCGACUAUUAAAUGAUUUAGGUAAAUCUGGUCGGGUGGAUGAAGCUCGUCACUUGUUCGACAAAAUGUCUGACAAAGACGAGUUCACGUGGAAUACAAUGAUUUCUGCUUAUGCCAGAUCAGAUCUCCUGAUUGAGGCAAAACAACUCUUAAGUGAAACUCCACACCCUAGUUCAGUUGCUUGGUCAUCCCUGAUCUCUGGAUAUUCACAUCAGGGAUGUGGAACAGAAGCUUUUAGGUUAUUCUGGCUAAUGCAACUCGAAGGAUUAAGACCCAAUCAAUACACACUAGGUAGUGCUCUUCGUGCUUGUUCCAUCUCUGCUUUGUUACAGAGAGGGCAGCAAAUUCAUGCCCACGCUAUAAAAACUCAAUUUGAUUUGAACCUUUUCGUUGUCACUGGCUUAGUUGAUAUGUAUGCGAAAUGCAAGCAGAUUUCAGAAGCCGAAUAUUUAUUCCACAUGAUACUGGAUAACAAUAAUCUUGUAUUAUGGAAUACCAUGAUUACCGGGUACUCACAGAACGGUUAUGGACUACAAGCAAUGGAGUGUUUUCGUGAUAUGAAAUCUGAAGGUAUUGGAAUGAAUCAGUUCACAUUCCCAAGUAUAUUGACAGCUUGUGCUGCAAAUUCUGCGUUUAGAUUUGGUAUGCAGGUUCACUGUUCCAUCAUUCGUAGUGGGUUCGAGUUUAAUGCUUUUGUUGAGAGUUCAUUAGUUGAUAUGUAUGCAAAAUGUUGGGAUGUAAAUUCUGCAGAAAGGGUCUUGGAGUAUAUGAAAGUCGAUGAUGUGGUUUCUUGGAAUUCAUUGAUUAUGGGAUGUGUAAGGAAAGGGUGCAAUGAAGAAGCUUUAUCUUUAUUUAAAAAGAUGCAUCAAAGGCAGAUGAAGAUUGACCAUUUUACUUACCCGUCUGUUUUGAAUGCGUUAGCUUCCAUUUUUUAUUUAGAAACUGCCGGAUCUGUUCAUUGCUUAACUAUAAAAACUGGUUUUGGUAACUACAAAUUAGUGGGCAAUGCUCUUGUUGAUAUGUACGCAAAAUGUGGUAGCUUAUAUUGUGCUUCUAGGGUUUUCCUUAGUAUGGGUGACCGAGAUGUGGUUUCAUGGACAUCUCUGAUCUCUGGUCAUGCUCGCCAUGGAUUUUAUGAAGAGGCACUUAAACUUUACUAUGAAAUGAGGGGCACAGAAAUUGAACCUGAUCUUUUUGUCAUUGCAAGCGUUUUCAGUGCCUGUGCAGAGUUAACUUGCUUAGAAUUUGGAAAACAAGUGCAUGGUAACCUCGUUAGAAGUGGUCUUGGUUCAUCUCUGUCAGUAGGUAAUUCAUUGGUGACAAUGUACGCAAAAUGUGGAUGUCUGGACGAUGCAAAUCUGGUUUUUGGUAUGAUGCAUUUAAAAGAUGUGGUUUCUUGGACGGCUUUGAUUGUUGGGUUCGCACAAAAUGGAAGGGGAAAAGACUCUCUACAGCUUUAUAAUCAGAUGAUCCUGAGUGGGAGCAAACCUGAUUAUGUUACUUUUGUAGGUCUGUUAUUUGCAUGCAGCCAUGCAGGUCUUGUUGACGAGGGUUUCCUUUACUUUGAAUCUAUGGAAAUGGUUCACGGUAUUAAACGGGGGCGUGAACAUUACGCUUGUAUGAUUGAUCUUCUUGGGCGUUCUGGAAAAAUUGAUAAAGCUGUGGAGUUGCUGAAUCAAAUGCCUUUUCAACCAGAUGCAACUGUGUGGAAAGCACUACUUGCAGCUUGUAGAUCUCACGGUAAAUUAGAAGUGGCAGUUUGGGCUGCUGAAAGCCUCUUCGAAUUGGAACCUAAAAAUGCCGUUGCAUAUGUUCAAUUGGCCAAUAUGUACUCAGCAUCUGGUAGAUGGGUUGAUGCUGGGAGAAUUCGUAGUUUAAUGAAAUCAAGAGGGGUCAAAAAGGAACCUGGAUGUAGUUGGAUGGAAGUGAAUGGCAGAGUUCAUGUUUUCAUGAUUGAAGAUAGGAAUCACCCAAGGAAGGCCGAUAUUUAUUUGAAACUUGAAGAGAUGAUGAUCUUGAUAAAGGAAGCGGGGUACGUUCCAGAUAUGAACUUUGCGCUACAUGACAUGGAUGAAGAUGGAAAGGAACUUGGUCUUAGCUACCACAGUGAAAAAUUGGCCGUUGCUUUUGGGCUUCUUAGUAUCCCCCCUGGAGCACCGAUCAGAAUUUAUAAGAACCUCCGCGUCUGUGGGGACUGCCACAAUGCUAUGAAGUUUAUUUCAGAGGUCUUUCAGAGACGUGUUAUCUUGAGAGAUGCAAAUUGCUUUCAUCACUUCAGUGAGGGAAAAUGCUCUUGCAAGGAUUAUUGGUAGACUUGUUGAGCUUUUAAGUGUAUUUUCAUGUAAAGUCUUCCACUAAGGAGUGUGAAAUGAUAGGUAGUUGAAGCAUACUUCCUUGGAACUUAAUCUAGAUGAUAAGAGAGAUCAAUGGCCUGUGGAAUUUGAAAGUUGAGUGCAAGUUUUUAAUGUUUAAAUUAGAAAUGUUACACACAGGGGCUAAAGUUGCACAUCGUCAAGUGUGUUAAGUAUGUUCUCUGCCUGUGAGUUUCAAUCGAGGUGCAUGAAAAUGAUCAGAGGACAUAAACAAGAGAAUAAUGAAAUAUCUCGAGAUCGGUCUUGGUGAUCCAGGGAAUCCAAGUGCUAUGUGGUGGCUCAGAAUCCUGAUACCAUAUAUUACUGUAUGAAUUGGACAUCUAUAAGAGUUAAUGGAGGUGGAAGUAGACCUGAAAGAGUUCUAUAAUGAUGCUGUGAACCCAUUUAGACAGGAUGACUGAAACCACUUGAAAAAUGAGUGAUCUUUUUUCCUUAACAACUUAACCUUUUUUUUGUCAAAAAGUUCAAUAAAAAUAGUAUUUAAGGUUUUGCAUGUAUAUGUAUGCCUUGGAGUUACCGAAAUUUUGGUUACUUGUCCGCCAUCAUUACUGCAGUUAUGUUAGAAUUCUAUUGGGUUUCUUUAGUCAGUGUGAUCAGUAGUUGUUUCUACUAG